CCAGCCUGGUACCUUGCCCCUUGAGGCAUAAUAUUUCUGAAAACUGUCCAAAGGACCUGCAUAUUGUUAAGAAGAGCUGCAAAAUGUACCAGAGAGAAAGAUCAGGUACCCAAUGGAACGCUCGUCCUAAGCAAAAAUAGCCACAAAUCACAGCCUGAUGUACCAGAUUUAUGUGAGCAGCGACCCUAGAACCAGACUGGGUAUCUGAAUCAUGGCUUCACUCACCACCUGCUAGCUGGCUAAUCUGACACUCCCUACACAGCAAGCUUAUCUAACUACGUGUUUACUUAGAAGUUACAGAGACUGAACCUUAAAGCAAACCAGGAACCUCCAGAACUCUCUCCUACCAGGAGGCAAAUUGAGAUUGCCUCAGUUUACAACCUAGCUCUGCCCAUGAUGGUGCCAGCCAGACCACCUGAUAGAUAAGACAUCCGAGGCAAGUCACAUAGACUCCGCACUCCAUCGCCCUCUCCCCUGCAUGUCGUUCAUGCCAAGCCCCCCUUUCAAAGCUCCUGCCUUCUGCCCCAAAGGCUGUAGUGGCUUCCUUAAGGCAGCCUGUACUACUUCCCCUCAGCUAGCUCUGGAAUAAAGCCACUUUCUUUUACCAGACGUCAUUCUUGUUCAUUGGACUUUGCAAGUGGUGAGCAGUCAGAGCUGUGUUCAGUUACACGUAUGCUUUGCCUCAUUGAACUCUCAUGAAAACCCUAUGAUCAAGACACUGUUGGUAUCUCCAUUUUAUAGGUGAGGAAGCUAAGAACCAGAUAGAUUCAUCCAGUGUCCCAGGACACACAGUGAGUCAUGCUUCGGAUCUGUGCUCCUAGCUGAUGCCUCCCAUUACUGGUAGUCCUUUUCUGCUCCCCACAAUGUACAUUUCUUCAUUUCUUUUUCAAUUUUCUUAUUAUCUAUUUUUCUUCUUCUUCCUCUCUCUUCUUUCACUAGGGAUAGAAUGCGAGGAUCUCACUUAGCCCAGUGGAUGGCAGUCAAUUAAUGGGGCGAGUGGCUUAGUCCUGCCAUACUGGUUCCCUGCAUGCUGCGAAGUGCAAGGGCCUUUCCAUGCUCAGAAUCACCAGGAAGACCAGAGCUCUCUCUCUCGCUGCAGACGCCACGGGGUUUGUGUAAGGGGCGCAGCACUCCAGCCAUGGCACGUUCGCUAGUCCAUGACGAGAAGUUCUACUGCCUGAAUGUAUACCAGGUAAAAAUAAGCCCCACACCUGAGCUGGGGGCAGCAUCAAGGGUAGAAGGCCAUGUUGGCCAAGAAGCUCCAGGCCUCAUGGGUAAUAUGAACCCUGAGGGCGGGGUGAACCACGAGAAUUGCAUGAACCGCUAUGACGGCAUGAUCCACGAGGGCGGCGGUGGAAACCAGGGGCCUAGGCAGCUGCAGCAGCCCCUGGAGGAGCCGGCCCAGGCGGCCAUGGAGGAUCCGCAGCCCGAGAACAUGCAGCCACGAAUUCGGCGCAGGAAGUUCAGGCUGUGGCAGGUGCAGGAGCUGGAAAGUGUUUUCCAACGCACUCAAUACCCUGAUGUGCCCACAAGAAGGGAACUUGCCGAAAACUUAGGUGUGACUGAAGACAAAGUGCGGGUUUGGUUUAAGAAUAAAAGGGCCAGAUGCAGGCGAUAUCAGAGGCAAUUAAUGCUCACCAAUGAAGUACUUGCUGACCCAGACAACUGUGUCUACGUCAUCUUGGACGAGCCCUAGAAUGCCAUCCUUCUUCAGGAGCUAGUUUGGAGAUGGGUUUUUCUGGUGCCACUGACACCUGGGCUGCCCAUGCCACUCAGGCUACCCUUAUCUCCUCUGAACUUAUGUUAUCAAUAAAGAGGCAAAUUCUCAA